AUGCCAGCAAGGGUAGCCCCACCGCCAGCAAGGGCAGACCAACUGCUGGCACAGGCAGCUCCACCGCCUGUGUGGGCAACCCCACCGAAAGUGCAGACAGCCCCACCACCGUGUGUGAGCAGCCCCUCCUCAGGCUUGGGCAGUCCCACGGACAAUGAGGGCAGCCCCAGCCCAAGUGUGGUAGCCCCACCACAAGCAUGGGCAGUCCCACUGCCGAUGCAAGCAGCGCCCCACUGCUGCAGCGCGCAGCCCCACUGCUGCCACACGCAGCCCCACUGCCGAGUUGGGCAAUCCAACCACUGGUAUGGGCAGCCCCACCACCAACUUGGGCAGCCCUUCCCCGGCUUUGGCAGUCCCACUACUGAUGUGGGCAGUCCCACUGCGGGCACGGGAAGCCCCAACGCCAGCACAGGCAUCCCCACUGCCAGCGCAGGAUUUAGCAGUCCUACAGACGAUGAGGGCAGCCCCAGCCCUGGCGCGGGUAGCCCAACCACAAGCACGGACAGUCCAACUGCCAAUGAGGGCAGCUCCAAUGCUGGCACUGUCAGUCCCAGUGAUGAUGAAGGCAGACCCAGCCCCAGCGAAGGUAGCCCCAUCACAAGUACGGGUAGCCCCACCACCAGUGUGGGCAGUCCAACCACCAGCAUGGGCAGUCCUACUGCUGGCACAAGCAGCCCCACCUCCGGCUUGGUCCAUUCCAAAACCCGCUUGGGCAGUCCCACCGCCGGCAUGGGCAGUUCCACACUUCAGGACAGCCAUUGCUUUACACAACACAUCCACAGAUAA